AGGCUCUACUCUGCUCUACUGACGUCCUUCACCUUUGUGCCUUACUGGCGUGGUCGCACACACCGAUCAAUGGACAUAUAAGUGGCGAUACUGGUGCGUGUUAACCGCUUCAAAAACAUCCUCAUUGUUUAGUGUCUGUUGUCCUACUUGUCGCUGAAGAGGCAGAAUGGCAGUCGCGGAAGCCGUGGUGCUCUCCGCCGCUUCUUUCCUCAACUUGCAGUCAAUGGACGAAAAGCAGUCGGAGAUUGUCAACCUUUGGAAGGUGUCCCCCACGGAGAAGCGCGCCACAGGUGCUGGGGACGUGACCCCGCACAUCGAGGUAGAGUUCAGCAUUAUCGAGUCCCCUCCACUCACCGCCUCCACCCGGGACGAGGACGAGCUGGGGAAGUACCUGGACCUCGAGUUCAUCCUCUCCAACACCAUCGGCACUGAGAGUGUCCGCCAGCCCAUGAGUGACAGCUCGUGCUCGCCCCCACAGCAGCAGAGCUCCUCGUAUUUCCUCCCAGAGUCGCCCGAGAGCUGCAGCGGGAACUCAGUGCACGAGACCUGCGACGCCCCUUCACACCACCGGUCCCCCGAAUACCACGGCACCAGCACGAGCUUCUCCGAACCGGGCACCGACCCCGUGCGCAGCCUGAUGGCAGAGCUCCUCACGCCGGAGAUCAACUAUCCCGGUGGUGAGAGCCUCGGGGACUCUUCCGCCUCCAAACCGAUAGACAGGCAGGAGUUCACGGAGCUGCGCGUGUUCAACCCGGUAAACUCUCAAGCGACGCUAUCCCCACCGCUUGGAUACAAAAUCAAAACAGAGGCGCAGGAGCAUUCUUGUAUGAUGGCUUCCUCAUCAUCUUCCUCUGGCGGGGACUUCAUGCGGCCUUUGUACGACCACGGCCAGCAGAUGCUCCCCGCGAUGCACCCCGCGACUCUCACGCGCCAUCAAACCACCGCGCCGGUGCCUGCGCAGUGUCCGGGUGGUUUCGCUCCCCCGCCGCACUCGAUGCAGCAGCUGGGGAGGAAAGUGUGCCACAUGGGGGGGAUGAGCACGGUGCUUGGCGCGCAUUCCCACCAGCACCUCCACCCCCACCACCAUCACCAUAGCCACAACCAGCCGCGCUUGUCACCGUACGCCAACGCGCCGUAUCCACCACAAGCGCACCAUUACGCCCACGACGGCGCGCCGCCGGCACAGUUCAACGGACAGUACGGCCUGUACAGGGAUCCUAUGCGCGCGCAGCUUCCUUCCACCAUUCACGGUAUGGUGCUCACGCCACCCUCCUCUCCUCUGCUGGAGUUCUACGUGCAGGACGACGCGGCGGGCAUGAAGCAGAAGCGCGGGCGAAGGUCGUGGGCCCGGAAACGCGCGGCGACGCACAACUGCGAGUACCCGGGCUGUGGGAAGACGUACACGAAGAGCUCGCACCUCAAGGCCCACAUGAGAACUCACACAGGAGAAAAACCGUACCAUUGCAACUGGGACGGCUGCGGAUGGAAGUUCGCCAGAUCCGACGAACUCACGCGUCAUUUCCGGAAGCACACGGGCCACCGACCGUUCCAGUGUCACCUCUGCGAGAGGGCCUUCUCGCGCUCCGACCACCUCGCGCUCCACAUGAAGCGGCACAUGUAAAGAAAAGGAACACAUUUCGGACCAAUUGGAACGCGGUAACAGUUGGAAUGCGUUCCAAUCGACUGAUCGGCUCCUAGUCCACCCCUUCCGUCCGGGUUGAACCACAGCGUUUUCGACUGUCGUAAUUAUGUACUUUUAAAGACAAAUUAGUUAAUUAAGACCGUCAGUGUAGCAUGACUAAGUUAUGAGUGGCGGGCGAAUGCCUUAUGGGUUAGGCCUCAAGAAAUCGAACACUAAAUUUGGGCAGGACCCAAGCGUUUUGUUGUACAUAUGUAAUAUUUGAGUAUGUUUACAUUACAUGUUUAUGUAACUUUGAUGCUCGCUUACUUAUAUCAGGUCAGGGAUUUUAUAAAGGGAAAAUUAUAAUCGAAAAAUGCCUGUAAGAUGCCAUGUAUACUGCAUACCAUGUCAGACUUCUAGGCCUUAAUGAGAUGAUCCGUCCAAACGGAUAAAGCACUGCCUAUUUUAAAUAUAAUUGUUGAUGUUUUCAUAUUGUUUAUUGCCAAGACAUUUUAGGAUGGAGGAAUCCAAAAAUUAGUUUAUGGUUUAAAGUGAUCUCAUGGCGCCAAAAACCUAUGAUGUAAAAUAAAACCGAACUCUCCGGAAAGUGUGUUUUUCCAAACUAUUGUCAAAGAUUGGAACAUGUAAUUAUGCUUGAAUGAAUUGGCUCCGAUCCCGUUUUUACUUGAUCAUACACCUUGCAAUGAAUAGUUGAACUAUGCUGGGAUACUUGAAACAGAAUUAUGACAGAUUCUGACUUAAUUUACUUCAAAAGUGCAAUUGUUUACUUUUCUUCUUUUGUAUUUUAUUGUAUUUUUUUUCAAUACCAAAUUGUACCAAAAUGAAGUAGUAAAGGGCUAAAUAUUAUCUUAAAAAACUAAUAAAAACAUUCAAACCAA